GUGAGGAGCUUGCUGAAAUGUAAAACUUGUUGCUGGUUCUCGCGGUCGGUGCGCGCACUGCUGAGCUUCUCGCGCAUCGGUGUCUGAUCUAUCGCUGACUUAUCUCUAGCUGGAGGAAAGCUCAAAACUGGUGCUAUUAGAAGAGGCCUCCAUGAAUGUGUAAGUGUUGCAUGUGAUUGAAAUUGCAGUCAGAGUUCGAUCGCUCGGACAAUGAGCAGGACCGAUGGGACCGUGUUACCCAGCAGCUCAGUGGCGCGCUUCGGGUAGCGCGCACAAAGACGCACGCUCCGGGUUUAGCCCUCACACACUUUCUUCUGUUCUGCGUGAUCGCUUGUUAAGCUCAGCCCAAGGGAACUGCUUCUUUUCAAUGUAUGCGAUUUGAAAACUCUUACCGAUUUCUAAAGGAAAGUGGAUUCCAAACAAGACGCUGUUCUGGAUUCAUAUGGACCUGGAUGCUAUUUUAUGGUACUCUGGAUGGUGUAAUGAUGUGCACUCAAAAGGGAUUUUUAAACAGAAACGCAUGUUUACCUCACUCUGGGCAUUUGACAGGACAUUGGAAUUACAAUCUGUGGAGAAUGAUGUGACGGAACAUGUUUUAUAUCUAUAUAUAUUUUUUUUCUAUGUGUUGUAGCUGUUGUCUGAUCGCCAGGUGAGGGUAAUUUAGAGGUAAGGGGAUUGUUUUAUAACAGUUCUCUUUUGCAGUGGUGUACAUCAAAUUUACCAAAAAAAAAAAAAAAAAAAAAAAAAUUACAGAUUAGAAUCAGAUUUUGGACUAGACCGUGAACUUUAUAGUUUUUAUAGAGCCUUUUGUCUUGCAAUUCCACAAUAAUUUACAAUAUAACAUGCUUUUUCAGUAAUUAAUUAUUCAUUACUGUGGUUUUCAAGUAAAAUAAUCUUUUAUUUAAAAAACAAUUAAGCAUUUCACAUCUUAUUGUUGAUAUCAAUAGAGUUUGCCAAAGAAAAAUAAAGGAGACUUUAGACACGGCAGUGGAGCCAGGCGAGCUGGCUGUCAUGCAGGAUUGAUUGUGGAAGCAUGUUUGGGCUGGAACAGUUUAGUCCACAAAUUAAUAACAGAAAUUUUGGCCUCACUGAGAAAAAUUUUAACCGGCCAAAAGUGAGCAUGAACUCCCAUUACAAGAGCCCAGGUUUUCAUGCUGGAGGCCCACAAGGGACAGUCGAGACUGGCAUGGGCCCACUAAAUGAGCCUCCAGUGAUUGAGAUGAACAUUAACAUGAACAGAGAUGAACAGUAUGGUGGAUUUCAGAGAGGAAAUUCUGAAUUGCAUGCAGGGAAUCUCCAACAACAACAGGCCUCAGUGCAUGGAUUUUUUAACCCUCAACAACCUCACAGUCAUCCUCAAUGCCCUCAAACACAUUCACACCAAAACCAUCAACACUUUGGGGGAAACUUUGGAUCUGAACCUGGGUCCUCCUGUUUGCACAGCGGAAGGAUGAUGGGUUAUAACAGCAGUAUGGGGCUCCAGCAAAGAUUCACAGAGGGUUUUGACCCACUCUCUGAGGGUCAGUCAGCAGAUGGCUUCUCUCAGCAGCAGCAGCAGCAAAGGACAGGCUCCAUGCCUGAGUUUCAGCACCAUGGACCCCCCAGUGGAAAUCACCCUGUCCCUGCCCCAUGCCUCCCCUUGGACCAGUCACCUAAUCGUGCUGCCUCAUUUCAUGGGCUGUCUUCUUCAUCCUCUUCGUCAGAAAGUCACAAUCUGGAGUCCAGACGAAUGCCCCCACCCGGUGGUGUUGAAGGACUGGACUACAACUAUUCUAAUGAGCCCUCAUCUGGGCAUUUUGAAGUGUCUGUGUACUCCCCCUCUGAGUCUGAUUCUCAGCUUUCUCAUUUCAGGCCUGGCCGUCAGGUGCCAGGGUCCAGUUUUCCUGGAAACCCAGGGUUGUCUCGAGCUCCUGGAAUGCAAGGCAUCUCUAAAGAACAUCCCCAUGCCCCACCUCAACCACAGCAGCCCUCAGCCCAGCACAGUGUGUUCUUUGAACGUUUUGGGGGUGGACACAAAAUACCAGUGGGGAUAGAGCCUGGUGCCAGGCAUCCUCUCAUGCAGCAGCAGCAGCCAAGCUUGAUUGGCCGACAGAACACUUGCCCACCAUCUCUCACACAGCCCCCACAAUCAGAGCCGGGUUCUGCAAAUGCUGGUAUGCAUGAGGGUGGCGUCAUGAUGCCUGGCCAGCAUACACAGUUUGAAUACCCUAUUCACAGACCGGAGAACAGACGGAUGCAUAGCUAUGGUGACCCCAUGUUCAACAUGCAGCAGCAGCCACCCCCUCCUCCACAGCCUUCUAAUCAGAGACUGCAACACUUUGAGUCUCCUUAUGUAAAUAUGGCUAAGAGGCCCAGGUUUGAUUUUCCUAAUGCCACUCAUGCCGAGGAGAGUUGCGGAAGUUGGAACAGUGGAAUGCAUAACCCACCUGGCAUGGAGAAUCAUCUCUCUCCUGCAGCCUAUUCUGGCCUGCCUGGUGAGUUCAACCCCCCUGUGACAGAUGGCUUUACAUCAGGCCCAUCGCUGCAGCUUACAGGGCCUGAGCAGCAGUCAAUGCAGCAGCAACAAAAUGCAGCCAUGAUGAUCAAGCAAAUGGCCUCUCGAAGUCAGCAGCAGAGGAUUAGACAGCCUAGUCUGCAGCAGCUGGGUCAUCAUGGUGAUGUUCCUCAAGGGCCCCUGGGGCAUGGGGGCCCAGUGGGAGGCAUGCCUCAGUCGAAUUUCGAGAGAGAAAAUGGUGGGAGGAUGGUGAACUUUGAUGGACGGAAUCCACACAUGACUCUGGAGAGUGGGUGGUUUCCUGGGACACAUCCACCUGGCGAAGUGCUGGGCCAUCGCAUGGGUGCAGGUGGAGAGGUUGAAGCCCAUGAAAUGCAGCAAAAUGGCCCUGGUGUGAUGUUCAGGGCUGGUGUGAAUGGAAUGGGCAUGCAGGAGCCAAUGAGGAUACCAGGGGAGGGCCAUGUGCAGCCCUUACUUUCACCUAACAUCCACUCACAAUUCAGCAGUGGCAUGGGGAACCUGUCACAGAUGCAGUCUCCCAGUACAGGUGUAGGAUUGCCCAACACACCAUCAGAAAGGCGUCCCACUGACUUUUCAGGACCAUCCAUGAGUGGGCCAUCCUCUUUUCCCUACGGGGGCUCUAAUCGACAGGGAGCCUCUAUCAGUAACUCUCAAGGGGUGAGCACCUCACCAGGGAGUUUUACAUCCCAAUCAGACUUUCCCACUAGCCAGCGUUCCUCUGUCAGCAAACUUGGGGGACUCUCCUUGGGGAAUUUUAGCAAAACGAGCGGCAAGGACACUGCUUUUGGACAGAGCUGCCUGGCAGCCCUCUCUACUGCCUGUCAGAACAUGAUUGCCAGCCUGGCGGCCCCUAACCUCAAUGUGACAUUCAAUAAAAAGACUCAGGGAGAGGGGAAACGAAAGCUGAGUCAGACAGAACAGGACCUGAAUAACAGUGUGGUUAAUGGCACAGGGAAUACUGGGACUGAAUAUUUCUCGAGCAUUACUGCCCCCCAAAGUGGGCAAAUGCCUCCUUCUGGAAAUAGCAACACUAAGCCACCAGGUCAAAAUCAGACAGUGCAGGGGGAAGCCAGCACCCUCUCCCCAAAUUACAGCAUGGACACUACCCCUUGUAAUGAGGGGAAGGCAGCAACAGGGAUUGGGAGAGGGAGAGGGAGGAGAAAAAGAGACAGUGGCCAUGUGAGUCCUGGGAUAUUUUUCCCCUCCGACAACAGUAACCCUGUUGUAAGUCCUGGCCAGCAGGUGACCUCAGCAGCCAGUGUGGGGGGGAGGAGUACAGGCACACCUAAAGAGAAGCCCCACACCUCUCCCUCAUGGGGGAAAGGGGGUGACCUGCUGCUGGGAGAUCAGGCUGACCUUAUCUCAUCUCUCGACAGCGCCAUCCAGAGCAUAUCAAAAUCUGAAGUCUGUUCACCUCGCAUGGAUUUUACAGAUGAUGUGAGCACACAUUAUAGCAAUGAGGAUGAGGUUUCAUCGAGCUCGGAUGCUCCAACCUCUGUGAAGGCUGGCUGCAGCCCUUUGUUAGGCUCGCCCAACUUGCAGAGAGACAAUGGACUAUUAGGAGGGCAGAAAGGGCAAGGCAUGGGCCUCUCCAACCACACUACCUCAACAUUGGAUGGCUUUGGAGGAGUGGGCCAUCCGGGCACGCCGGGCAUGGAGCAGGUCCGAACACCCUCUAGCACCUCUGGCCCUGAUGAAAUCCACCCGCUAGAAAUAUUGCAGGCUCAGAUUCAGCUUCAACGGCAGCAGUUCAGCAUUUCAGAGGAACAGCCUUUAGGUGUAAAAAAUAACAAAAUAAGUAGUGACUGCAGUGGUCAAAAUGGAGAUGGAGAGCUUGCUAACUGUAGCCCGGAUGCCGGGAAGGGCUCUGUGGACACUAUUGAUCUGGACACACUCAUGGCUGAGCAGCAUGCCACCUGGUAUGUGCCCAGUGAUAAGUCUCUGCUUGAGGAUUCAGAGGAGGAGAAGUCUGUGUGGGAAAAAAAUAAAUUCCAGGGAGCCGUCAAAGAAGAAGCAGACGUCUCUCCGAGUAAGAGCACCGGAGGACCGGGUUCCUCUGGAGGCGUGGGUUCUCAUCUCCAGCGUCUGUCAGUGCACUGCACAGAUGAACUCGAGGAGUCGAAGGGAUCCGCUCCGUCCUGGCGUUCCCUUCACUCGGACAUCUCCAACCGAUUCGGGACCUUCGUAGCUGCGCUGACCUGAAGAAGACGGAGGGAAAAUCACCGCUGAGAAAACGGAAACAAGACUUCCUGUUUUAGCCAGAUAAAUCAGUGUGUCUUUGUCAGGAAAAGUGUGCCCUUUUUUGUGUAGAAAAGACUGAAAACAUGAGGAUGUUGGUGUAGGACGGUGUAUAAAGGGUGAACCAGUGCUGAUGCCGUUUUAAAAUCCACCCGUCUAUUUUCCUUUUGAUGUCUAUGCUUUUCUUUUCAUCCAGUUUUGUGUUUCCUGUGCUUCUCAUAGCCUCUUCUUUGCCCUCUCUGGGGGUUCAUUUUUUCCAUCUUUGAAUUAACGAUUGUUCCUUCAUCUUAUUAAAUGGCCCUUGUUCUGUGUAGGGUCCAGAGUCUCUGGCUGACCCUCGAGUGCACAUGCCAGACCUCAGGGCAGGUAAUUCUGUUGUCAUCAGGGGACACAAGAGCUGCUGCUUCUCAGAGUCCAGUCCUUUCAGACCCUGCUUCACAGAAACAGUGAUGUGCCGUGUCUCUCCAAGCCUCCCCCAGCCCUUCUCUCACGUUACUCUGAUGAAGUCUAUCGGCUUCACAGCGUUUUCCAUAUUUAGCUCAUCAGAUGCUUCAACACUGGUUUGUUAGAAACACACAGCUGAGAGGAAACCAUUUGAUGUUAAGUGGAUAACAAAUAGAAACCAGAAUAUUGGUAUUGCACAUGUAAUUUUUUAAGCAAUCUUAUACUCUUUAGAAAAAAGCUUCAGUCGACCUUAAAUACUCGACAGAGGUCUUAAUGGCAAUGUGAAGAUUUACAGAAGUCUUUGUUUCUUUUCAUUUUUUUAAGUAAUGUGUAAAGUGCAGUUGUCUGUUUUCCUUCAUAUUGUAUAUAUAUGCAUAUGUUUUAUUGAGUAAAAUAACAAUAAAUAUGAUGUCAAUGGUGA